UGUUUUUGCAGUUCAUUUUGGUUACGACUAUGUUUUGCUGCCAUAAAUUCAUCAUUGUAGACGUAGUAGCCGGGAACGACGACAUGGACAAGCAAGCAUUGCUUGAAAUCAAAGCCAAGAUAAGUGAUGAUCCUCUAGGUGUGCUGAGCUCAUGGAAUGCCUCCCUCCACUUUUGUAAGUGGCAUGGUGUUACUUGUGGGCGUAGGCAUCGAAGAGUAACAACACUCGACCUAAGUAACUCGAAACUCACAGGUAUCCUUUCUCCUUAUCUUGGUAAUUUGAGCUUCCUUAGAGAGUUAUACCUUCAAGAUAAUAGUUUUGGAGGAACUAUACCCCAAGAAAUUAAUGGUUUGUAUCGUUUGCAAAUUCUUUGGCUAUUUAACAAUUCCAUUGGAGGGGAAAUUUCAUCGAAUAUAUCAAGUUGUUAUAGACUUAUUGAUAUAAGCCUCGACAAUAAUAGGUUGGUGGGUGCAAUCCCUCCCGAGCUUGGUUCCUUGUCACAAUUGCAAUACCUUGAUUUGGCAAGGAAUAACUUGAUAGGUGAGAUCCCAUCAUCCUUGGGGAACUUAUCAUACCUCGUCGAGCUCCACAUGGGUAGCAACGCUUUGGCCGGAAAGAUCCCUAAUCAACUAGGUAAAUUAAGAUAUCUAGAAGUUUUGAUUUUAGACAAUAAUAAUUUAUUUGGAGAAAUCCCUCCCUCAAUCUUCAACUUAUCUUCAUUAAUCAAAUUAAGUUUAGCACAAAAUGACUUUAUAGGAAACCUCCCUUCGUAUAUGGGUAACACUCUUCCCUAUCUACGGUGGUUCUCCAUAUCCAAUAAUCGAAUCACUGGGCAAAUUCCAACUUCAAUAUCCAACGCAUCGGAUCUAGAAGUUUUGAGCUUAUCGAAAAACAAUCUUCAAGGACAAGUUCCUUCUUUGCAUAAGUUAUCAUGGCUUAAUUACCUUAACCUUUACACAAACUCCCUAGGUUAUAACCAACCCGAAGAUUUGAACUUUAUUUCUUCCUUGAUUAAUGCAACCAAUUUAGAAUGGCUACAGAUAAAAGAUAACAACUUUGGAGGAGUUUUUCCUAAGAUCAUUUGCAAUUUCUCAAAUCUUACUUAUUUAACACUAAGUCACAACAAAUUAGAUGGAGAAAUUCCAAGUUGCAUAGGAAACUUAGCAAAAUUGCAUUUCUUUUCAGCCGGUAACAAUACAUUCACAGGGACUAUUCCUCGAGGCAUAGGGAACCUUCAAAACCUCACAUAUUUAUAUCUGAAAGGUAACCAUUUAUCCGGGGUCAUUCCAUCCUCAAUCGGAAACUUAACUAAGUUGUCAACUUUAACCCUAUCCAAUAAUAAGCUCGAAGGCCAAAUACCUCCCAAUCUUGAAAAUUGUAGAUCACUUCUAAGCUUAGAUCUUUCAGAUAACAAGCUUAACGGCACUAUACCGUCACAACUUUUUAGUCUCUCCACCAUGUCCAUCCUACUCAAUCUUUCAGGAAACCAUCUAACCGGGUCUCUCCCUGUAGAAGUCGGACAACUGAAGACUCUCAAUAGCCUUGAUGUUUCUCGAAAUAUGUUGUCUGAUAAUAUACCAAGAUCUCUUACUAGUUGUGUGUCAUUAGAGAUUUUAUACAUGCAAGAAAACAAUUUUAACGGCACCAUUCCUGAUACAUUACAAACAUUAAAGGGUCUUCGUUGGCUAGAUUUGUCACACAACAAUUUAUCUGGUGAAAUCCCGAAAACUCUCACAAGCCUUCAGUUGCAAAGCCUCAAUCUAUCACACAACAAUUUUGAAGGUGAAGUACCCAUAGAAGGAGUUUUCAAAAAUGCAACCGGUAUUUUGAUAAAUGGAAACAAUAGGCUAUGCGGAGGCAUACCCGAGUUACAACUGCCCCAUUGUAGCUUGAGUCGCAACACUAAACAAAGAAGACUAGAACAUAGGAAGAAAUUGAUCAUUGGAGUAAUUUGUGGAUUGUUUGGGUUAAUUUUGCUAGUGGCUUUACUUGUGUCUUUAUAUAGUUUAUGGAAGAAGAAGGAAACCAAGGUAUCUACAAAUUCAGAUGAUUGUGAGAAUUUUCCGAAUUUGUCUUAUCAAACACUUCGUAAAGCCACAAAUGAGUUCUCCGCAGAAAAUUUGAUUGGUAGUGGAGCGUUUGGUGUUGUAUACAAAGGAACCCUUCAAGAGAGUGGAUCAAUUGUUGCCAUCAAGAUAUUUAAACUAGAUUAUCGCGGUGCUUCUAAGAGUUUCAUGGCUGAAUGCAAGGUCCUUCGUAGUAUAAGACAUCGAAAUCUUGUCAAGGUGGUAACAACUUGUUCUAGUGUUGAUCAUCAAGGUACCGAUUUCAAAGCUCUAGUGUAUGAAUACAUGUCGAAUGGAAGUUUGGAUGACUGGUUACAUCCAGCCGAGGAAAUUAAUAGGCCGGUUGAAGGCAUAGAACAUACAUUAAGGAAGUUGAAUCUUUACCAAAGACUUGAUAUUGCAAUUGAUGUUGCAUUCGCGUUGGACUAUCUUCACAACCAUUGUGGUAUCUCCCUUGUUCAUUGUGACCUCAAGCCGAGUAAUGUUCUCCUUGAUGGUGAAAUGGUUGCACAUGUCGGGGACUUUGGGCUCGCCAAAUUCCUCUCCAAAGGCAUCAACAAUUCAAAUGAGAAUGAGUUCAGCUCUAUGGGUGUUAGAGGAACUAUCGGUUACACUCCCCCAGAGUAUGGUUUGGGAAACGAGGUAUCUACCAAUGGCGAUGUAUAUAGUUUUGGAAUUCUUUUAUUAGAGCUGAUAACCGGAAAGAGGCCUACAAAUGACAUGUUCAAGGGGGGUGUAAGCUUACAUUACUUUGUCAAAGAAUCACUUCCUGGACAUGUGAUCGAGAUUCUAGAUCGUGUUCUUCUUGAAGACAUAUAUGAUCAGGAGAUUGAUAGCAGUUUUAUGUUGGAGACCCUGAGUUCUAUACUUAAGGUCGCGCUGUCUUGUUCAACUGAGGCUCCACAAGAAAGGAUGGACAUGACCGAUGUCGUUGCAAAGCUAUUAUCGAUUAGAAAGAAGCUUCUUGAAUAUAGCUUACGGCAAAGAAGAAGAUUUCAAGCUGGUUCAAAAGUGUGAUUGAUCUCAAACAAGUAUGGUCUAACUUUGAGCAAACUCCUAGAGACAUGAAGAUUAACGAAUGAAAUAACGAGCUAUAUUAUUAUUAGGUAAAAUUGGUCGUAACACCCUGAAUUAUGGCCUACCCUGAAUUUUGCGUUGUAGCCAAAACACCAACAACUAUGGUGUUAGGUACAACACAUGUCACAAAUAAAAAUUUCCAACAACUUAUUUCAAAGGAUGAAGUGAAUAUUCACUCUCUAGAACAAUAAUAUAGUCUUCCAUCCACUUAGCACGCAUGGAUUUACUUUAUCUGAAGAAACAGUUAUUAUUAUAUUUUAUUUUUUACCUAUACUACAUUCCUCGGUUUUUAUUUUAUGAAAUGAUGGAACCUUUUUAUUUUUAUUUGAAUAUUUAUUUUUUUCUAUUUUGAGGAAAGAUAUGAAGGAACUAUACUGAAAUUUUUUCUGUGGAGACGGAUGCACCAUGCAUCCGGUUUUCUUUAAAAAAAAGGCGGAAUGAACAUUUAGUUGUUCAGUGAAGAACAUAUAGUUGUUUUGUAUAUAACAUAUAGCUAUUUUAUAAAGAACAUCCAGUUUUAUAUUUUUAUUGUAAUAGUAGUAAAGAACAUGAUAAUAUUAAAGAACAUUAUUCAUAUAAUAAAUGUACAUUUGGUAUAAAUGAUCAUAAAUGAUAAUGUAUGUAUAUAAAAAAGUACAUUUUACUGUAUUAUAAUGUACA